AUGGCAGCGUUGGAGUCGCGAGUCCAAGACUUUGAUUGCAACCAGUGGUGGGCUGACUCCAACAUGACCAAGACUCCUCUCAAGAUGCAAUCUAGAAAGCUGGCACGACCCGAAAUGUCCCACUUUCACAAUCCUUAUGCAGGCGUCGGAAGUGCUUGGCAACUCGACGAGACUGUUGAUUCUUUUCUGGAUCGUUUGCCGCCUGCCACCACGGAUGACACGAAAGUCGGCCCGUGGAUCUUCAUCUGCAACCCGUAUAUUGACCGCAAAAGCAAGCGGCUGGCUCAGAACCAAGGUAUCAAAGGCUGUGAGGAUGAGGCCCCUGAAGAAGAAGGAGCUGAUUUGGUACGGUUCGUCGAAGGUGGGAUGGAGAGGCUUCAUCUCGUCACCGAAUUCCAUGACAAAGUGAACCAAGCUGCCAUGCUGGCGCCCAUGCGUAUGCGAGAGAAGAAUAAGGCAAGCCUGGACGCCUCUCGGGAUAUUCUGGCUCUUGCACACGCUGCACACGUUCGAGCUGGCAAGUGGAUGUUGUUUUGUACUGCCCAAACCGUGAACGAGGUCUGGGAGGUUGUGGCCAAGGCUACGGCCAGCAAUGAGUUGGGGAUCGCUGCCAAAGUAGCCACCAGAUCCGAGAUUGACCCCCGCCCAGAACGUUUAAUUUGCGUAUAUACUGCCGAUUUCCAUGACAAGGACGACGUUCAAAGAGUGGCAAGCAAGCUGAAGCAGCUUGGAUUGGUAGAACCUCGUGGUAAAAAGCCACUAUACUACAAGCCAGGCAUUGGUUCAGGCAAUGCGUGGGGUGUCAAAGCAUCUAUCUACAAUACCAAGGAUAUGCUCGGGAACAUUUCAUGA